UGUGGUGGCUUGAACCAUCAUUGUUCUUGCCAAGAUAAUAUUGGGAUAACAUUUCCAGAUAGCAACUCCUAGUGUCGUGUCUUCGAUAAAAUGUGAUAAAAAUCAUUGUGUUUGUUUUUCAAAGCGAUAAAAAUAUUUGCAGUGGAGUUUAGUGUUGAAAUAAAAUUAAUUUAAAUGAUGAUUUAGUGCGUGUUGAAACAGUAAAUGUUGAUGAUGGACGAUGGUUGUCGCCAUUUAUUGGCGGUGUCGGACAGCCCUCUCGACCUCCGGGGCUCCACCACCGACCAAAAAACCCCCGAAAAAGACACCAAGAAAAGCGGCCACCAACUCAUCAAGCCCCCUUACUCCUACAUCGCACUCAUCACAAUGGCAAUCCUGCAAUCGCCCCAAAAGAAGCUCACUUUAAGCGGAAUUUGUGAGUUUAUCAUGACCAGAUUCCAGUAUUAUCGCGAGAAAUUCCCAGCUUGGCAAAACUCAAUCCGACACAAUUUAUCCCUCAAUGAUUGCUUUAUUAAAAUACCACGCGAGCCGGGGAAUCCCGGAAAAGGCAACUACUGGACUCUGGACCCCCUGGCCGAAGACAUGUUCGAUAAUGGGAGUUUCCUGCGACGGAGGAAACGCUACAAGAGACCAUCACCCAAUAUUAUGCUCCGGGAUCAUCAUGCGUCGGCGAUGGUCGCUUCCUUUCUCACCCAGGAAAACUACCAACCACUUUUCAGUCCCAAUUUGCACAAUCCCUACUGGAUUCCGCCCAUGUUGCCGCCGAUGGAUCUGUCCAGGUUGAAUUUGGGAUUAGGGAUUAUGGGACCGGGGAUUUGUAAACCGGUUCCGGUUCAUACGGAAGACUUGAUCACGAGCGAAACUAAGAAGAGUAAAAAUGGGUUUUCCAUCGAUUCUAUUAUUGGAAAUAAACAUCAGAAAAAGGACAAUUCGGAUAUUUCCAUUCAUAAUCAUCAAGUUUCAGCGUUUUCACCCUUGGCCGAUGAUUGGACCAGGUGAAAUGCCAUCGAGAAGAUUUUUUCCCGAAUUUAGACCAAAGAUUUAGUUAAUGUGAUUUUCAUGUUGCAAUAUUUAUUAUUAUUAUUAUUAGUCUUUUCGGUUCUUAGGAAGGUACUUUUCAUUAUCAAUAGCUAUCAAUUAUACUAUGUAUAGAUUUAUUAAUAAAACUUAAAAUAAGUUUCAUGUAUUUGUGUAUUGUGUACAUAAUGCAGUAGAAUUGUACAAAAAAUGUUCUAGUUUACGUUUUUGUUAUUAGUCAUUAUUUUUACUACCCAAAGAUUAUAUCACAUUAUCUCAGAAUUGCUGUUUGUCAUGAAAAAUUUUGCUGUCUCACUAACAACAACUCAAAUGUUUUGUAACUUAUGUAAAUAGUUAAAUGAGAAAAUUCAUUUGUAGCACAUAGAUAAGGCGAGAUUUCAAAUUAAAAUAAAAU